AUGGUCGGACUUGGCGAUGAUAUGAACCAUGAAAUGGACAAAGUGCCACUCCAUAUUGCUGGAAAGCGAGUUUACACAGAUUGUCAAUUCCAAACAAUCAAUCCUGCGACGGGUGGAGUUAUAGCAACAGUAUCGGGAGCUUCGGUGAACGAUGCCAAUCUUGCGGUCGCUUCAGCUCAGGCGUCUUUUCGCGGCUGGUCCGAGAGCAAGCCUGGUGAGCGACGAACUAUCUUCAUGAGAGCUGCUGAUAUCUUGGAGCAACGUGCAUCUCAAUACUGCAAAUAUAUGCAAGAUGAGACCGGUGCAGAUCUGGUCUGGUGCAUGUUCAAUAUCCGAACUUCAGCGGAGCUGCUGCGUGAUAUUGCAGGGCGAAUUGCUGGGAUACGAGGCUUCAUUCCUGCAACCUCCGACAAGGGUACGACAGCGUUAGUGUACCAGGAGCCUUGGGGUGUUAUUCUUGCCAUUGCUCCAUGGAAUGCCCCAUAUAUCCUAGGGUUUCGCAGUGUAGCAUAUGCACUUGCGGCCGGUAAUACGUGUGUCCUCAAAGGUUCAGAGCUUUCUCCGCACUGCAUGUUCGCCAUCGCGUCAAUAUUCGAGGAGGCAGGUCUUCCGCAGGGUUGCCUUAACGCUUUGUAUCAUCGUGCUGAAGAUGCCGCGGAAAUCACACGGGCCCUGAUCCAGCACCCAGCGGUGAAGAAGAUCAACUUUACCGGCAGCACCACGGUUGGCCGGACAAUUGCCAAAGUGGCAGGCGAAAAUCUGAAGCCUGUUCUGAUGGAGCUCGGGGGAAAGGCAAGCACAAUCAUACUCGAAGAUGCAGACUUGCGGCAAGGCGCGAUCGCCUGUGCACAAGGAGCGUUCCUUCAUGGUGGACAAAUUUGCAUGUCCUGUGAACGGAUUAUUGUCCAAUCAUCUGUGGCUGAUGCGUUCCUCCGAGAACUGGAGUCUGCCACCAAGAACCUGUUGGGUCAAGGGGACGGAACACAGUUGAUGGUCUCCCAAAAAGCGGCUGACAAAAUCAACGACCUUGUGCAGCAGGCAAUAUCGAGUGGUGCUGAACCAUUGAUUGGUAGCGCCGCUAGUGCCAAGCUCGCUCAGGGACCAAGAUUAAAACCAGUGGUCCUGAAACAUGUCACCAAGGAAAUGGAUCUAUACUAUACUGAGAGUUUUGGGCCCGUUGUGAUCAUCGUAACGGUCGAUAAUGAAGAGCAAGCCUUGGCUGUUGCAAAUGAUACUGAAUACGGCCUGUCGGCUGCAGUGUUCACACGCAACUUACACAAGGCCCUCCGACUGGCCAAGAAAAUUGAGAGCGGGGCUGUCCAUAUCAACGGUAUGACUGUUCACGACGAGCCGACCCUGCCGCAUGGAGGGGUCAAGAACAGUGGCUUUGGCAGGUUUGGAAGCGAGUUUGGGCUACAAGAGUUUUUGAAGACAAAGACUGUGACAUUUCAGAAUUAA